CAUUCACCCCGGGAAUCUAUUAUUUAUGAAUGACGUGUGCACAUGCGCGCUGUGCAGCGGGAUGUUGUGUACGUGUUGUUGUCGCCAGCCCGAGCCAAGAUGGGCCGAUACGGCCUGAUAUGGCUCAACCUGCGGCUGCCAGCCGCUCUAGCCGCUUGCUGCACCCUCCUAGUACUUCCACCAACCUCAGUGUGCCAACUUGCCAGGCAGACCAGCCAGAUCGUUGACCCUGCCGACCUCUCCACAACAGCCGAUGACCUCUCACCUCUGGCCCCGAACUUUGACCUGCCUGACCGUGACUUCAGCUUUAUCCAGGACUUAGAACAGGAAGCACCCAGUGAUGAGGCAGCCCAUGUCAGCGGGGAAGGUGCCAGCGGUGACGCCGAGAAGCGGACGAUAAUCGUGCAGGAGGCAGGACAGGACACGAGAGCCAUCGCCACAGAGGCCGCCGAAGUGCCAAGCCAGUAUGUACUUGUUGUGACUGUUUCCAAUCCAAGCAAGCUUCCAGCCAACCAGUCUCUGUCGGCGCGGCUAAAGUCCGGCUUCGCUGCUGCUCUCGGGGUGGCGGAGAGCAACGUUCAUGUCAUCAACAAGACUGGCAACCAUGCCAUCAAGAUGUGGAUGACAGAUGAGGACCAGCGCCCCCUUUCUGCUACUGACAUUAUUGCACUGCUGGAUGUAGACCUGCUCAGCUUCUAUCUGUCCGACCUGCAAGUCGAGUCCAUUCUGCCACAGAAUUCCUACCUUCGCUCCAGCUACCACCGGGGAUUGUGGGAAGGCAACUACCUGCCCUUCAUGGUUGCCGCGGCAGCAGCAGUGUUGGCAUGCAUCGUCGUCACCAUGGUGUACUUUUACGGAAAGAGAAACAAGCCGACCAAGAAGGGACAACCCGACCUGGACCAGAUGUGCGUCUACCCGGGGGUCAAGCCUGUUGUCAAGACAACCAAGGUCAUCCAGCCGGACAGCCCAAAGUUGACGCCUUCUUCGUCCAUCUCGGCAAGCCCCUCCCCCUCACCAGCGUACAGAGGGUCUCCCAAGGCAGGGAAACCUAAGGGACUACAGGAGAGGAGGGGCUCCAACGUGUCCCUGUCCAUUGACUUGCCGAUGCCUCCACUGUCUGCAGACUCUGUCAAAUGUGGCACGCCACCGAAGGAGAGUAUUGUUGAUGAGCUGCUCCAGUCAGGGACCAGGAAGAUGACACGGGCAGAGCUGAGACAGUCCAUCCUCAACGCUAAGGCUCUGUAUGGGGAGUUCUGGGAGAUCCCCAUGAACCACCCUGAGCAGGUGGAGAUUCCAGGGUGUGGGACCAAGAACAGAUACAAGACUAUCCUGCCAAAUGCCCACUCCAGAGUGGUUCUCCCAGAAGUGGACAAUGACCUUCUUACUACAUAUAUCAAUGCAAACUAUGUCAAGGGUUAUGACAUGGAGGAGCGAUCGUACAUCGCCACGCAGGGUCCGAUGAACCACACGGUGACCGACUUCUGGCAGAUGGUGUGGCAGGAGAGGACACCCAUCAUCGUCAUGAUCACCAAACUCACAGAAAAGAACGAGAAAUGUGCCCACUACUGGCCUGACCUUGAGGACAGAUACGGUGACAUUGUGGUGUCUGUGAACAGGGUAGUGGAGCAUGAUGGGUACAUCCUCAGACACUUCACGCUCCAGCGAGGAAACGAGGUCCACUACAUCAGGCACUACUGGUGCACGGAGUGGCCGGACCACAAAACCCCGGAGACGGCAAAGGCUCUGCUGGCAUUGGUGCAGGAGGUGGAGUUCCACAGACUCAGACAGACUAGGCCCAGGAGACCGGUCGUCGUGCACUGCAGUGCUGGGAUCGGUCGCACCGGUUGUUUCAUCGCCACAAGCAUCGGAAUCCGGCAGCUGAGAGAAGAGAACACGGUGGACGUGCUGAGUAUUGUCUGCGGCAUGCGGCAAGACAGAGGAGGAAUGGUCCAGACCAAUGAGCAGUACGAGUUCAUCCACUACGCUCUGUGCCAGUUCGAGAAAACCCUACCCUCUGAGGGGGUCGACUGAAGGUCACUCCAUGACUUUUGCGAGGACCACACUUCUCAAGGUUGUACGUGUAUGUGACCUUGGCAACUUUAGAGGCCAGAAACAAGUUGUCAUGGCAACCCAUUGAUUGAUGUACUAGGUCCGUGGUGAUUCUUUCCGGUGAUUGGACUGGAAGGCGGAGGCAGUCUCUAAGUGGUGAUUGGUAGAUGCUGUCGCCCCGGGCAACUAGAUGUGGCUGUGAUUGGUGAAUGUUUUGUGUGACUUGACGGUUGUAGAGACGUCACCUGUAGAUGCUGACCAUGUGAACAGACUUUAGAAGACUACUAAGACUGGUCCGAUUGUAUGAACGAAUGACUUCCAGGCUUUUAGACAAGACUGUCUCCAGGUUUAGAUCUUUGUCCUUCCCACAAAAUUUUGGGAUUGGGGGGGGUGGAAUGAGGGUCAAGAGCAAUAAUUUUCUAUCAUAUACUUUGGAAUGUUUAAAAGGCUUGUCCACAAUAGGAAAGUCUAGAUUUUAUCCAGCUGAAAUUUGUAAGACCUUGCUUUUAAUUUUCGUUGUUAAAUCUGUCAUUUUAAUCUUGCAAAGAUAUCUUUUCUUGUCAUCAUUAAGGUAACAUUUUUGGACAGACUGGGUAAAAAAUUUUCUCUCUUUGUAAAAGCAAAUUUC